UCGAGCUACAAAACUUGAAUUUGUCUGGGCGGGUCGUGAAGUUUUAGCCUUGAGUUAUUUUUUGUUGCCAUAUAUUAUAGUUUGUUGCCAUUUGUUAUAAUAAAUAGUUACAUAUUAUAAUCGUAAUUGUAGCCGCAAUAUAGAGAGAGACUUGGAAUUACGGUCUCGGUAAUUGAUAUGCAUAUACCCACGAAGAAGCGGUGACGGGACCGAGCUAUAAUUGUGUGUACACAUACAAGAGGAAUAUUGUACACAAAACAGUAUUGUACACACGGACACUUCAGCACGCGGUCAAGUGGCCUAUUGGCAAUCUGAUUGGCUGAAGCCAACACCGCCUGAAUAUUUUUAUCCAACCUAAGACCGCGCUCGGCUGCCAAUGGCGUUGCUCGUGAGAAAAUCCGAGCUUCCAUUGGACAAAAUCGGUGUGAAUGCUCCAAGCUCAUUGGAUGGAGCCAGGCUUUGGACCAAUAAGGAAUUGAUUGUCAUGGUCUUUUGAGGGGCAUAGCAAAAAUGAUGGCAAGAAGUGAUCAUAUAGCAAAAAGGAUCAUUCUCUGGCGUGGACGAAACCGAGGAACUACACGCGUAAACUGAGCCUCGCAGUGUUGAAUUCGAUAUGGCAGUUGAUUCGAAAGUGAUAUGAUCUUGUUGCGUUCGUUGUGUUGCAUACGCGCAGCAGAAGACAAUGAAGAACCAAAGUGCGCUUCUCAUAUUAUGGGGCACAGUGGCCAAACUUGCCGGUGUGCUGUGAAUUAAAUUCGGCCAAUUCAGAACCGUGUGAACUUGCGUGUAAAAAAUUCAUAAGUGAAUUUAUUUUUGAAACAAUUGUUGUUAAUGUUCUUCUAAAGUGUGAUAAACCAGAACCUCACUUUGAAGUUGGAAUUGAUCAAAACGAGUAUUCGUAAACUUUGGGAAGUACUUGAAAAUUUGUUCUAAAAAGUUUUUUAGAGUCAUCGUUCGAAUUUUGUUCAUCGUGACUCUGAAAUAGUAUACAAGUUUUUUUUAAUUAUAUUACAUAUGUUUCCUCUGGUGGUAUCAAUCUAUUAGCUAAUUUAAAAUAGGAAUUAAUAAAUUUUGAUGAAGACCGAGACCCAACGGCCCGCGUCUGCGGAGUCCUACGGAAGUUUUUCUAUGCCUUCUCCUGACGGGUUAAGCACACCCAACCCACGGGUUGCCUACUACACGAGCAUGAACUGCAGCGCCUCCAGCAUGACCAGCCUCUCCAACCUCGCUACCUUCCAAGGCUCCAUCCCAAAAAUUUAUAACCGAUCGUUCAAACACGACACAUUCACGCCCCCGCCCCACAUAGGCAUGGGAAUGUCCCCCAUGUCAUCACAGUCGUCAGUAACUACUCCCCCAUUAUCGUCAUCACCUUUAAGCCCUUCAGAACCAUUACGUAACAUCACAAACAACCUACAACUUAUUCACAUGAACUCACCCUUGAAUUUUACAGGCAAUAACUCGAGUAAUGCCUCGUCUAGUUCAGCAAACUUAUCACAUUCUUCAAAUCACAUCCCAACGUCUCACAAAUCUCCCUGUGUCAAAGCUCAGCCAUUAUCUCCACAAAUUUCCAAUGCAACUCACGAGGAUCCCAAAGACGAGCCCAAAAGUUCCGAGUCUCCGUCAUCUUUAUCAACGCCAAAUAAAGAUUCUCCAAAUUUAAGUUCUCCGACCUCUCCAAGAACAUCACCCAUCAAAAAUUCCCAGUUCAACCAUGAACAAAUCGACUGCAUUUGUGAAGUUUUAAUGCAGGCUCGGGAUAUGGAGAAAUUAUCAAAAUUUUUGAACGGGAUUCCAGCAUCUCAUUUUACGUCCGAAUCGACUUCCGAGGUGCUGUUGCGCGCUAAAGUCGAAGUGGCUUUUGCUAAAGCAAAUUACAAAGAAGUGUACAAUAUUUUGGAGUCAAGGGCGUUUCACAGCAACCACCACGCGCACCUGCAGGUAUUGUGGUACCGCGCGCACUACAAGGAGGCCGAGCGAGUGCGGCAACGACCGCUUGGCGCUGUGGACAAGUAUCGCAUCCGCAAGAAAUAUCCUUUGCCACGCACCAUCUGGGAUGGCGAGGAGACCAUCUACUGCUUCAAGGAGAAGUCCCGACUCGCCCUCAAGGAGUGCUACCGUCAGAACAGAUAUCCUACUCCAGACGAGAAGAAGACCUUGUCUCAUCAAACCGGCCUCACUCUCACGCAGGUCUCCAACUGGUUCAAGAACAGGCGGCAGCGAGACAGAAAUCCUGCGCCGAGACCAGAACACCUGCUUGGGGCUCACAUGGACCCCCACGCUGCAGGGCUCUCAAUGGACCCUCACGUGCACCCCGACAUGCGGGCCAUGUACCUGAGGGCCUCUGUGGCCCAUGGCUACGACCACGGCAAGAUGGCCGCCGGGUCCUACGACCCCAACAACGUUAUGUGCAUGGGCGGCAUGAGGGGGGCUCGGGCCGACGCCAUCUUGCACCACCUCCCCAACAUGGCGGCCAUGGGGGGGUACCCAUAUAAUGGUUAUGACCUGCAGGGGGUCGCUGGCCCCCAUGGGGGCGCCUUGCAUCAGGACCUCAGGGAGGACAAGUGGGUGGCGGCCGGGGUACAGUAGAGGCCCCGUAGUCACCUCCCCUGACAAAUGGCGUUGAAACGACGUUGAUUUCAACCGAAAAACGUUGAUUACGAGUUAAUUUCGUUACAGAAACGUUAAAUAAAUGUUAAAUCGACGUCAGAUGCCCGGCUGAUAAAUGGCGCUGAAACGACGUUGAUUUCGAUGGAAAAACGUUUAUUACACGUUAAUUUCGUUAUAAAAACGUUAAAUAAACGUUAAUUCAACGUCAGAUGCCCGGUGUGAGAUACGUUGCUCAAGUGUUGAAGCGCCUCAAGUGUACGUAAGCCGAUACGAUACGAGUGUUAAUUAUUACUUGCCCGUGUAAUAAAUGAUACUCGAUUGAUGAUUACAUUCUUAUGAGAAUGACAAGCACCUGUGGACUUUGUGAAAAAUAAUAGGUCAGUUACAAAAAAUUUAGCAUUCAAUGCUCAUGUAAUUUUUUUGGGUCAUAAUACGCAUAUAUUACAAUUUUGAGUGUGGAUUCCGUGGAUUUUUGAGUUAUGCAUUGACUUGCCUUG